UGCUCUUUGGAACGGAUCACAACAGAUAAAUGUAGCCACCCACCUCUAGGAGGAAAACUGAGCUGCAGCCCUGGUGAAACAUAAAGUUUAUUUGACUAAAGUGACGCAAAAAUUCUUAAAGAGCUCUUUGGCAGCAGAUUAUCUGGAAAUCAGACCAUGUGAGGGGAACUGGUGUACAAAAACCUCACCAAGAUGCUGAGUUGCCCACAGGCUGAGUUCCUGAGACUCUGAAGUAAAUGUGGGUGAAGGUUUCUGGAGCUUGGAUAACUCCAAGAACAGCCCUCAAGCUGAUCCUCAAGACAGCCUUAUCUGGGAAUACAGGAGUUAACUGGAGAGACCUCACUACUUGUCCAUUCUUACUCUGAUGGUGUUUGUGCCUUCCAUCUGAUGGACUGAAAUAUGGAAGAGGAAUUCUAAAAGUACUGGGAAUACACUGGGAAUAAAAGUGUGGAAAGAUAAGCUACAAGGGGACUCGGUGCUGCUGCCCAUCUGCAAGUGACCAGAAAAAACCUCAGAAAAAAAUGGAGAAACAGGCAACAAGCAAUGAGACUGAGCCACUGACUUCCAAGAAAGCUGUCUCAGACUGUAGCGAAGGAGAAGAUUGUAAAGAGAACAGACUUGUCAGGAACCCUAAAUCUGCCCUACGGCUAGUGGAAGAUGGCAAUAAAGUCCAUCCCAGCCAAGGAGACAAAGGGGAGGGAGCUCAGAUCUCAAAUGGUUAUUCAGGGGUUCAGAGCUCUGUUCCCUGCAAUGGAAUGGGAGAGGUGGAAGAUGCCCAGUGCACUGCCCCAGCAGCCACAACCACCACCACCACCACCACAUCUACCACCUGUGGAGCAGAAGGCCAGCAGCAGCUGAUGGAGCUGGAGGACAGAGAGACCUGGAGUAAAAAAAUUGACUUUCUACUCUCUGUUAUUGGCUAUGCUGUGGAUCUGGGAAACGUGUGGAGAUUUCCUUAUAUAUGCUAUCAAAACGGAGGAGGAGCAUUCCUCAUUCCUUACAUUAUUAUGGCCAUCUUUGGAGGGAUUCCUCUCUUCUAUAUGGAACUAGCACUAGGACAGUAUCACAGGAACGGGUGUAUUUCAAUUUGGAGAAAAAUAUGUCCUAUAUUCAAAGGAAUUGGCUUUGCCAUCUGUAUAAUAGAUCUUUAUGUGGCCUCCUACUACAACACCAUUAUGGCUUGGGCCUUUUACUACCUCGUCUCCUCCUUCACGGCGGAGCUGCCAUGGACCAGCUGCACCAACGCCUGGAACACGGGCAACUGCACAAACUACUUCAGCAAGGACAAUGUCACCUGGUCCCCACACUCCAUCUCUCCUGCAGAAGAAUUUUAUACCCGCCAAGUUCUACAGGUGCACAGGUCUGAUGGGCUGGAUGACCUGGGGGGCAUUAGCUGGCAACUGACCCUCUGUCUGUUGUUUAUCUUCACCAUUGUGUACUUCAGCAUCUGGAAAGGGGUCAAAACAUCUGGCAAGGUGGUAUGGGUGACUGCCACAUUCCCUUACAUCAUCCUCUUCAUCCUGUUAGUGAGAGGUGCAACUUUGCCUGGUGCCUGGAGAGGGGUCCUCUACUACUUGAAACCUGAGUGGCAGAAGCUCCUGGCCACUGAGGUUUGGGUGGAUGCAGCAGCUCAGAUUUUUUUCUCCCUUGGGCCAGGUUUUGGAGUCCUAUUGGCUUAUGCCAGCUACAACAAAUUCCAUAACAACUGCUACCAGGAUGCUCUGGUUACCAGCACCGUGAACUGUUUGACCAGUUUUGUGUCUGGAUUUGUCAUUUUCACUGUGCUGGGAUACAUGGCUGAGAUGAGGAAUGAAGAUGUCUCAGAGGUUGCCAAGGACACUGGACCCAGCCUUCUCUUCAUCACGUAUGCUGAGGCCAUUGCAAACAUGCCUGCUUCCACCUUCUUUGCCAUCAUCUUUUUCCUGAUGUUACUCACACUGGGAUUGGACAGCACGUUUGCAGGACUAGAAGGAGUGAUUACUGGAGUACUGGACGAAUUCCCACAUGUCUGGAGCAAACGCAGGGAAUUGUUUGUACUUGGUCUGAUCAUCGUUUGCUUUUUGGGGUCACUGGCAACUCUGACAUUUGGAGGAGCUUAUGUGGUAAAGCUGUUUGAAGAAUAUGCCACGGGUCCAGCUGUCCUGACAGUGGUGUUUCUGGAAGCAGUUGCUGUGGCCUGGUUCUAUGGCAUCACCCAGUUUUGCAACGAUGUGAAAGAAAUGCUUGGCUUUACCCCAGGCUGGUACUGGCGAGUGUGCUGGGUAGCAAUUAGCCCCAUCUUCCUUCUGUUUGUCACUUGCAGCUUCCUGUCCAACCCUCCUGAGCUACGACUUUUUGAUUAUAAUUACCCCUACUGGACCACAGUCUUGGGUUACUGCAUAGGAACCUCUUCCAUCAUAUGUAUUCCCAUCUACAUGGUUUAUCGGUUGAUCGUCACUCCAGGAACACUUAAGGAGCGUAUUCUGAAAAGCAUUACUCCAGAAACAGCUACAGAAAUUCCCUUUGGAGACAUCCGCAUGAACGCGGUAUAAGCCAGGGGGUUUCCAGGGGGCAGAAGGGGAGCAUAAAAUGUAACUUUCCCCACACUCUUCCCCCCCACCUAAGAAUUACAUUUCCAGCUGAGACAACAGAUACAGAAGUUUUCUGUGGUGUCAGUGAUAACAGGCAUUUGGAGUCAUGAUGCCUCCAGCACAUUAAUCCAAGCAAUUCAACAGAAUCUACUGUGCACUUCUCACCAGACUGAACGGACUGAGAACUAACUCAUAAUGGAAACACGAGGAUGUCUGUGUGCAUGAGAACACCACUCCCCUACACGUGGGCACUGGGGCUGCCUGGGAAUCUGUGUGACUGUCUAGGAGGAGUAGGGGUAGGUGUAGAAUCCCCAGUGUGUGGCAGUAUUCCUGUGUCUUCCUCAAUGUGACCCUUUGUACUGGGCAAUGUUGUAUUUGCUUCUGAGGUUCUAAUUGCUUAAACUACAUUGAAAAAUACAGAGAUUUCUGAUAGCCUUACACUGGUCAAGUAACAAGGGGUUUUAUAAACUAGAAAAAAACCACACUAGUCAAUUCUUCAAUCCCUGUUUGGAGUGGAGUGGAGUGGACAGAAGAAGAGGAAACAAUCCUGAGCAGAACUAUACACAGCUCUGCAUACAUUAGCACACACAUUUGGGAGAAUCUCCUGCACUUUUAAAAUUGUAACAGUUUCUAUUAAUUCUUUCUUGCAUAACAAAUACUACAAAGGCAUUUUUGGUAACGUUCCUUCAGCCCCAGUCAAGUGCCAAAAACUCAUUCUGGGUUACAGGACAAGCCCUAAGUUACCAGCAUUAAUACAGUUUUCCAAAAAGGUAGAUAUUGAUAACAUUCUCCUGGCACGCCUAACACACCCAAAGAAACUAGAGAUGAACAAGGACCUUUUUUUAAGUUCCAAUGCCAGAAAAAGGAAUCCUAAAGACCUGUUUCUCUGCUUUGCUUCAUUUAUUUUGUUUAUACUGAAUUUCACACCCAAAAUUUCCUGGAGCCUGUGGCAUUUUCUAUUCUUUCCUAGUACAGAAUCAAAGUUUAGAACAAUCCUUUUGGCUGGCUGACAAAAGUAUGUUUAGCAAACUGUACAAACAUACUUUGAAGAUUUAUUAGCUCAUAAUGUGAAUGCUCUUGGUUUUCACCCUGAAGAAGAAAAGGAGGGGAAUUUUUUUUAACAAGAAGUUGAGUAGAGUUCAGUAGGAUUUGGUCUUAUCAGAACUAUUUAUAUUAAAUUUCAAGGCACUGAUAAAUUAAUUUCUGUGCACAUACUAACCUCUCUAUGUAUACACAUGCUCUCCCAAUGUAACUGCUCUCUAGACUGACUGCAACUGCCAAGGCAGUUGGAGGACAAUAGUUUUGUUACGUGGAAGUUUAGAUGAAGCUAAGUAGUUGCAAUUUAUGGAAAAACUUGCAUCGUAUUUUUACUCUAUCACAUAGAUUAUAACAGAAGCAAAAUAAAAUAGAGGAUAAAAGUC